UAUAUACACAAAAUUAUUCAGCCAUUUUGUGACGGCUAUUGGGCCUCUGCUGGUUAGCAUGUCCGUUUUCCAGCAGCCCGACUCUUCUAUCAACUUCCUAUUGUUGAGAAGCUGAACAACUUCAACAUCCUACAUCAGUCACGAGAGGACAAUACUCCCGCAAAGGAAGCUGAGUGCUCGGUCCGUGACUGGUCCAGUGGUGCGCUCCGUUGCGAUCCUUUUCAGUUCUGGUUGCCUGGCGUUUUCUCAUUUCGGUACAUUACAAAUCUUUGGGAUCAUGCCUGUUGUUCUGGAAAUUACGAUUACGAACGAAACCUCGCAACGCCUUUCGCGCCUCGACCCAGAGUCUAUUACGAAUCAUUCAGUCUCCCCUUCGAGUGAAUCUGGCGGAAACCGUGAAGAAAAAAUUCAACGGAAAGGGUCUGGUCUGGCGCCUACGAGGUCAUGGAUGACCCAUCACAACCGUCUUCGUGGAAGAAGGCUAGAAAUCCUGGCUGAUGUAACCGCAACUCUCUCCAAACGAGAUGGCUCAGGGCCUUACAGAGAGUGUUGCGGAAGUCCUUGUCCACCGUACAAUAUUUGGCACAUUGUCAGCAUCUGUGGUUCGACUACAGCAGGGCAAAGACCGAAGAUGGCUUUGUCCUUUGGCCCUUGAAAUCUGGGCAGCAAUCGGUACUCUGAAGAGAGAUAUUUCAGGCAUGAGGAGUCAAGACGGCAGGACAAAGACCGAAGAUGGCUCUGUCCUCUGGCCCUUGGAAUACCUAUGGGCAGCGAUCAGGAGAAGCGACCGGUGUCUAUCCUCUUAUCAACCACGAUAGAGGACCAAUCGACAAUAUGCAUACACAAACACAAACAUACAUCCCUACGAACUCAUGUCCCAGGGGAGUUUGUUUGUGGUCCGGCUCAACCACAAUGCUGAAUUGAAUGUCAUCGCUUGCUGGCUUGACAUUGACCCAGCUUUAGUUAUGUGGUCCUGGAGGAGAUGGUCAGGCAAUUACGGGUCUGAACGGUUCAGUAAUGUCAAUGCUGCCGUGCUCGAACUUAGCCAAUAACAUGUGAAAAUGGCGGAGACCUACGAGUUCAACGUCGGAUUGUCCAGUAUGAGAAAGGUCAUCCGUGUUGGGUUGUCCAGUCCAGUAUGAGAAAGGUUAUCCGUGUUGGGUUGUCCAGCACAAGCCUAUCGACCUAAACCUGAUGUCCUUGACCCUGGCGAUCGACGACGAAUUCAGUAUUAAAGCAGCAAAACAAUGCCCACUUGUGUUCGUUGACAAGCUCCUCGCUUGGGCGGGCGGAACUCCGAGUCUCUAUCUCGCAAAAGAAAACAGAGUUAUUUGAAAGAUUUGACGAACUUCACGAUGUCAUGAUCCAUGCCGAGUCCUUGAUUCGGAGUAAAUGGUCUGCCAGGUCGGGAAAGGACCGCAGAAAGAUCCUGAACGAGACAAAAAUGUGGCAAGAGGUGCCCGUGAUUGUCUGGUGACCUUUGCAGACAUCUGCAGCAUUGCCUACAAACCAGAAAAGGGCAAAUUCAGUGGGAAAGGUGCCUGGCUAACUGGCGAUGCAGUUAUGGGUUGUAUUGCAGCCAUGCGAGGCCAAGGAGAUGAUGCAUUCUGUGUGAUAUCGCCUUACGCUUGGGAAAGGG